AUGCAGGAAACACCAUUCUUCCUCAGCGUUGGACACCUUCUUCCCUUCACCAUGUCAGAUUCCAACUCAACCGACUUCACCAACCCCACCACCUUCAUCCUGCUGGGCAUUCCUGGCCUCGAGGCAGGCCAUAUCUGGAUCUCCAUCCCCUUCUGCACCAUGUACGCCAUAGCCAUCUUGGGGAACUUCACCAUCCUGUUCAUCGUGAAGACGGAGCCGAGCCUCCAUGGGCCCAUGUACUAUUUCCUCUGCAUGCUGGCCGUCACCGACCUGGUCCUGUCUACAUCCAUCGUGCCCAAAAUGCUGAGCAUCUUCUGGUUCUAUUCCAGCGAGAUCAAUUUCAGUGCAUGCCUCACCCAGAUGUACUUCAUUCUCAGUUUCUUUUUGAUACAGUCUGGGAUCCUCGUGGCCAUGGCUUUUGAUCGCUAUGUGGCCAUCUGCGAUCCCCUGAGACAUUCCACCAUCCUGACAAACACUGUGGUUGCCAAAAUUUUCCUGGCCGUGGUGCUGCGCGGCAUCAUGCUCAUACUGCCCUAUCCUUUCCUGGCGAGGAGGUGGCCAUAUUGCAGAACCAACAUCAUUCCAAACACGUACUGUGAGCAUAUAGCUGUGGUGAAGCUGGCCUGCACCGACAUCAGCAUCAGUAGUUACUACAGCCUCUCUGUGGCAUUCUUGGUAAUUGGUAUGGAUGUGUUUUUUAUCACCGUGUCCUAUACCCAGAUCCUCAGGGCCAUCUUCAGCCUCCCAACGAAGGAAGCCCGGCUGAAGACUUUUGGGACCUGCGGCUCCCACCUCUGUGUCAUCUUAGCCUUUUACAUCCCACAUCUCUUUGCUGCCCUCACGCAACGGUUUGGGCAGAAUGUGGCUCUGUAUUUGCGCGUUCUCAUGGCGAACAUGUACCUCCUGGUGCCCCCCAUGCUAAACCCCAUCAUCUAUGGGGCCAAGACCCAACAGAUCUGGGACAGGCUGCUCCAGCUCUUUGCUAAUAAAGUGACCUAAAGUUUUCUCCUGGUUCUCUAGCUCUCAGACUGAGCUCCAUGCAGAGCUGGCUGGUGACA